CCAGUACUGAGUCUGGAUUUCUCUCUCAAUAUUAGGCUUGAAGCACCCAGAAGCUGAUCAGCUCGUGYGUCCCAGCAAUAUCCUUGGACUCACCUGUCCCCUUGCAGAAUGGCAUGCACCUGGUAUUGGCUUGAUAAUGCUGGRCAGUGGGUUGAGUAUGGCAAACAGCAUCCAAUUCAUUGCCCUGCCACGGUCACAUCUGCAGAUCUGGAGAAGGCAUUUUUAGCUAAUCAGAAAGGCACGCUGUUGUUCAGGGCUGGUUCCCAGCAAUAUGAGAUAAACUUUGAAGACAUGGUCCAAAGAAAUUUGAUCUAUGAAACUCGAAGAAGAGUUGUCCGAUUGCCAAAAUUUCUGAAGUCUUCCGAAAGUGGACAACAGAAAAGCAAGCUACACUCAACUUUGACGUAUUCUCUCUAUCCUCCAGAAUGGGACCUGUCUGCACUGCCUGAUAUAGGAUACAAGUUGUUGGAGGUCAGUUACACUUCCAGUGAAUACAAAAAAAUUGAGGGACUAUUUGGGAAGACAAUGAAAGAUUACAGCAUUCGUAGACUGCAGAGGAUCCAGAACCCAACACUUUGGCAAGUUUUUCAGUGGCAGAAGGAGCAGAUGAAGAAGGUCAAGAGAUCAAGUUGGGUGGAUGAGCGGCUCCUGUUYCAUGGCACGAGCCAGGCCCACCUGGCUGCCAUCUGCGAGCAGAAUUUCGACUGGCGGGUCUGCGGGGCUCACGGRACCAUGCAUGGAAAAGGAAGCUACUUUGCCAGAGAUGCCAGUUAUUCUCAUCAGUUCUGUCCAGCCAGCAUUGGUAACCAGAGCAUGUUUGUAGCUCAUGUUCUCGUUGGAGACUUUGUUCGGGGAAACUCGGAAUACCGUCGCCCUCCRCCUAGACCUGAGAAUCCAAACAGGCUCUACGACAGCUGUGUGGAUGACCCAGAGGAUCCUUCCAUCUUUGUCAUCUUUGAGAAGCUUCAGAUUUACCCUGCCUACAUUCUGGAGUAUAGAAAAGAUUAUAGUUGUGUGAUUCUAUAAAGAAUGGCAGAAUUUUCCUUGAACUGACUUUGAGAUAUUUUAUAAAUCUAUUUUUAAAUGUAUGCACAAUUUUAGUAUUUGCUAUGUAUAUCAAAAGUUUCUUUGAGAUGCUAUAGAACUGUUGUAGUGCAAUGAGCCAAGACCAAUACUCUGAAGGAUUUUUGGAUGUAGUUUGUUUGGUGGGGGCUAUUCUGCUAACUGGAAGUGCUACAU